GGGUCAGACCCGGGUACACAUCGGUGGGUGGGUGGGUCCUGCAAUUCCUUCCUUCUCCUUCUGCUUUGCUGCAUCUAAACACAGUACGAUUCGCAAUUUGUUGUUGAUCACUCGAAAGCAAACAAUCAUGGGAGGUGGGAACAGAAGAUCAAAAGGUGGUGGAAACAGAAAAUCCAACAACAGCAGUGGCUGCGGCAACCCUAAAUCUCGAAAAAGAGGUUCGGAUGUUAAGAGCGCUUUGUUCGUCGAAGGCGGUUUCUUGUCUGAUUGGCAUCUCCCUUCCCCUACCCAAAAUCCAGAGAGAAGUUCUGGGUCCAAUAACAAAUCCGGGAGCCAGCGUAGAGCAGCAGAAGGAUCUGCAUCUAAAAGUGGGUUUGCGAAAUCUUUGGGUGCUACUAUUCGAUACAGUUAUCCUUCACUUGAUGUUCAGGAGGUCGCAUGUGCUGGGAUUGGAAACAAUGGUGAAGAUAGUAAUUUAAAUCAGCUGCAACCUUUGGUUUUGGCAGACUCCAAGCAGGGUCAAAUUAUUGCUCAUAUAGAUCAAACACCUCCUUCAAAACCCAGCAAUGUAAAAUAUGCGUACACUUAUGAUGCAGAUUUUAUUUUGGGUGACAGCUCUCAUAGAGGAUUAUGUCUCCCUGCUGAACAAGAGAAAACCCCAAGUGGCAUUGGCACUUUGUCUGAACAGAUGCCCCAAUCAACUCCAGUUUUAGAUUCACCAUCAUUUGAGAAGGAGGCUGGUUCUGAUGAGGGUAUGGAUUGUGAGUUAAGCAAUCAGAUCACAGAAGACUUGCCCUCAAAUGUGUCUGCUGAGAGAAAUUCAGGGUUUCUGUCAAUUGGAGGCCUUAAAUUAUACACUCAGGACAUCUCGGAUGAUGAAAGUGAUGAAUAUAAUGAUGAAGACUCAUCAGAUGAGGACAGCUCUGCGUCUUCUGAGCCAGAAGAGUUACUUGGAUCAUCUGAAAGCAAUGACUCUGAAUACUCAUCUGAUAGUGAUUCAGACAUUGAUGAAGAGGUAGCAGAAGAUUAUUUGGAAGGAGUUGGUGGUAGUGAUAACAUUAUGGAAGCAAAAUGGUUGCUAAAACCUGUUUUGGAUGAGUCAGAUGAUGAUAGUUCUUCCAGCAGUUGCUAUGAUGAGGCAUUGGAGAAGUUGAGUGGCUUUGUCCUUCAAGAAGCCUCCAGGGAAUAUGACACGAAGAAAGCUCAAUCAUGGAAGAAACGCUCUGUAGGUUCUGGACCUUUAGCUUUGGAAGACCUAAUGCUGGCAAAGGAUCCAAGAAGCAUCUCUGCUAGAAAGAAGCAUGUUCCUCGGUUCCCUCAAUCUUGGCCUUCACAUGCUCAGAACAGUAAAGCUUCCAAAAGAAUUCAUGGUGAAAAAAAGAAACUUCGUAAAGAAAGGAUUGCUGUAAAGCGCAGAGAAAGAAUGCUGCACCGUGGGGUUGAUCUUGAGAAAAUUAAUUCAAAAUUAGAAAAAAUUGUUUUGGAGGAAGUGGAUAUUUUCUCUUUUCAGCCUAUGCAUUUUCGGGAUUGUUCACAGAUACAACGAUUAGCAGCAAUAUAUCAAAUGCAGAGUAACAGCCAAGGCUCAGGCAAAAAAAGAUUUGUGACAGUGAUGCGAACACAGUCUACAUCCAUGCCAUCUUCAAGUGGUAGACAGCGCCUGGAAAAGUUGUUGGGAGUUGAUGAUGAUGAGGAUGCCGAUUUUUCUGUUGCUGACUAUGUGAAUAAGAAAUCUGUGAGUGGAGACAGAAGAUUGGGAAAGAAAAAUGCUAAAAGGAAUGAUUUUAGAUUACAAGAACCUCAAUCUGCCCAGAACAAGUACUCAGGAAGCCGUAAAUUGAAAGACAAGAAAGGGAAUGGACAAAAGGGUUCAUAUGCUAAUCAGCCAGUGUCAUUUGUAUCAAGUGGCUUAAUCAAUUCAGAAACUUUACAAGUUACAGUUGUUGAUGCUGAAGAGACAAAUAGGAAGGGUGUCACCAGCUCUGCUAAUAUAGGUUCGUUUGAAGAACACACUACUGGUUUUGGUUCAAAAAUGAUGGCUAAAAUGGGAUACACGGAAGGAGCAGGAUUGGGGAAAAAUGGUCAAGGUAUGGCACAGCCUAUUGAGGUUAUUCAAAGGCCUAAAUCACUUGGUUUAGGUGUAGAAUUCUACAACAAUUCAGCUGAGCCAGCUAGGAACAAAUCUUCAAGAGUUGGUGCUAAAUCACUUGGUUUGGGUGUAGAAUUUUCCAACAGCCCGGCUGAGCCAGCUAGGAACAAAUCUUCCAAGGUUGGUUCUUUUGAAAAACAUACCAAAGGCUUUGGAUCAAAGAUGAUGGCAAAGAUGGGCUUUGUGGAAGGUAAUGGAUUAGGUAGAGAAUCACAAGGCAUUACCACUCCGUUGAGUGCUGUUAGGCUACCAAAGUCGCGAGGACUAGGUGCCAAAAGUUAAUUUAUAAGUCAUUUCUUUUCUGUGUUUGUUUCUAAUUGUAUGUUGGCUUAAAUCUUAUGAUUCUCUCGUAGUUUAGCUUUACCGUGGGAUAUGACCAUCUCUGAAAUCACUCGGUUAAAAUGCUAUAUUUCUAGCUCCUAGUUAUUUGUUUUUUUUUCAUUUUUUUAAGAACUAAGAAAACUAGUCCUAUAGAGGACAUGUAAUUAUGUUCAAGAUACUUAUGUUGAAUGUGGCCAACUCUUGGAUGACCACGUGGAAUAAUACUUUUAUUUAUUUUUUUCUUUAA